CAUUGGCGCAAUGCGACGUCGCUCGGCGGCGGCCCCGCCCACUCCGAAGCUUACAUUUACGCUGUAGCAAAAGAGAAAGUAACUCUGUGUUGCUGCUGGGGAUCAAUGAAGCUGAGUGAAUGGGGGCGCACUGCGCGAGCGCAUAGCUGGAGCGGGCGCCAGAUGGUGGAGGGCUACGCUUAUUGAUGAAACUCUUGAGUUCUUCUUGAAUUGCCAGUUUUCAGCCUCCUCAUGCCUCCAUCUCCUUUAGACGACAGGGUAGUAGUGACACUGUCUAGGCCUGUCCGACCUCAGGAUCUCAACCUUUGUUUAGACUCUAGCUACCUUGGCUCUGCCACCCCAGGCAGCAGUAGCCACCCUCCUGUCAUUGCCACCGCCGUUGUGACCCUCAAGGCUGCGAAUCUGACGUAUAUGCCCUCAUCCAGCGGCUCUGCCCGCUCCCUCAAUUGUGGAUGCAGCAGUACUAGCUGCUGCACUGUGGCAACCUACGACAAGGAUCACCAAGCCCAGACUCAAGCCAUUGCCGCAGGCACUGCCACCACCGCCAUAGGAACCUCGACCACCUGCCCUGCCAACCAGAUGGUCAACAACAAUGAGAACACAGGCUCUUUAAGUCCAUCGGGUGGGGUGGGUAGCCCUGUGUCAGGGACUCCCAAGCAGCUAGCCAGCAUCAAAAUCAUCUACCCCAAUGACCUGGCGAAGAAGAUGACCAAGUGCAGCAAGAGUCACCUGUCCAGCCAGGGUCCCGUCAUCAUUGACUGCAGGCCUUUCAUGGAGUACAAUAAGAGUCAUAUCCAAGGAGCUGUCCACAUUAAUUGUGCCGAUAAGAUCAGCCGGCGGAGGCUGCAGCAGGGCAAGAUCACUGUCUUAGACUUGAUUUCCUGUAGGGAAGGCAAAGACUCUUUCAAGAGGAUCUUUUCCAAAGAAAUUAUUGUUUAUGAUGAGAAUACCAAUGAACCGAGCCGAGUGAUGCCGUCCCAGCCGCUUCACAUAGUCCUCGAGUCCCUGAAGAGAGAAGGCAAAGAACCCGUGGUGUUGAAAGGGGGACUCAGUAGUUUUAAGCAGAACCAUGAGAACCUCUGUGACAACUCCCUCCAGCUCCAAGAGUGCCGGGAGGUGGGGGGCGGCGCCUCGGCGGCCUCGAGCAUGCUACCUCAGUCUGUCCCCACCACCCCUGACAUCGAGAAUGCAGAGCUGACGCCCAUCCUGCCCUUCCUGUUCCUGGGCAAUGAGCAGGAUGCUCAGGACCUAGACACCAUGCAGAGGCUCAACAUCGGCUACGUCAUCAACGUCACCACUCACCUUCCGCUCUACCACUAUGAGAAAGGCCUCUUCAACUACAAGCGGCUGCCGGCCACUGAUAGCAACAAGCAGAACCUGCGACAGUACUUUGAAGAGGCAUUUGAAUUCAUUGAGGAAGCUCAUCAGUGUGGAAAGGGCCUUCUCAUCCACUGCCAGGCCGGUGUGUCCCGCUCUGCCACCAUCGUCAUCGCCUACUUGAUGAAGCACACACGGAUGACCAUGACUGACGCUUACAAAUUCGUCAAAGGCAAACGACCAAUUAUCUCCCCGAACCUCAACUUCAUGGGGCAGUUGCUGGAAUUCGAGGAAGACCUUAACAAUGGCGUGACACCACGGAUCCUGACACCAAAGCUGAUGGGCAUGGAGACGGUUGUGUGACAGCAGGCAGGCUGGCAAGGGCCGUGGCUCUGUGAGACAAUGGACAGGAGUGAAGGGGCGGGGUCUGGCUUUGGUUUUGUUUUCUGUUUUUCCUUUCUGUUUUUUUUUUCUUUCUUUUUAACUUGGGGGAAUGUUUGUGAAAGGCAGCAGACUUGUCUAAAGACUCUAUUUUUAAUAAGUGUGAGGAGACUAGAACUUCUGAUGCCAUUGAGAGCCGCUUCUCUUCGUCUGGUUUUGCAAGGAGGUUAAAGAGGUCAUUUUUUAAAAGCCAACAAAUAAAAAGAUUCUGAAACUGUU